ACAAGAUGGCGUCUGACGGAGAAUACGUUGUUUUGGUUAUUAUGGUUUCUUUGUCUUAAUUACAACGUACAUGUGCACAUGUGUGUCGUUUAACAGAGUAAACGUCGUUAUUAAUUGUUAGUAUGCGGAUACAUUAGUCUGAGGGCACUUUGACGUGCUAGCCUAGCCUGCUGGUUAGCUUAGCUUGUUAGCUGCUAACAAAGAGAGGCGGAAGUGAUCGACACAUCAAAGCAGAGAUCCAAUAAGUGGAACUUCCAGAUGCGGACCGAGGAACCACAGCCCUCCCACAUUAAGAAGGAAGUGGAAUACCCACUGAUCCCCCAUUUUAAAAAGGAAGAGGAGGACCCCCUGACACCCCAUUUUAAAGAGGAAGAGGAGGACCCACUGACAGCCCAUUUUAAAGAGGAAGCGGUGGAUCCACUGAACCCUCACAUUAAGGAGGAAGAGAUGGACCCACUGACACCCCAUUUUAAAGAGGAAGUGGAGGACCCACUGACACCCCAUUUUAAAGAGGAAGAGGAGGAACCACUGACACCCCAUUUUAAAGAGGAAGCAGUGGAUCCACUGAACCCUCACAUUAAGGAGGAAGAGAUGGAUCCACUGACACCCCAUUUUAAAAAAGAAGAGGAGAACCCACCGACACCCCAUUUUAAAGAGGAAGAGGAGGACCCACUGACACCCCAUUUUAAAGAGGAAGCGGUGGAUCCACUGAACCCUCACAUUAAGGAGGAAGAGAUGGAUCCACUGACACCCCAUUUUAAAGUGGAAGAGAAGGGCCCACUGACCACCCAUUUUAAAGAGGAAGAGGAGGACCCACUGACACCCAAUUUUAAAGAGAAAGCGGUGGAUCCACUGACCCCUCACAUUAAAGAGGAAGAGGAGGAACACGGCAUCAGUCAGGAGGGAGAGCAUCCUGAAUGGUUGGAGGAGUUCCCAGUGAUUGGUGUCCCUGUGAAGAGUGAAGAUGAUGAGGUCAAAGGUGAAAGUGAAGAGAAGAGAGAGGCGGAGCCUCCAAGCAGCAGCUCAACUCAACACAUGACAACAGAAGCUGAUGGAGACCACUGUGGAGGAUCACAAGAUGAUAAGACAUGUCACACUGACAACACACACUUCACAUGUCCUCACUGCGACAAAACUUUUAAUGACCGUCGCAAUAUGAAAAGACACAUGAGAAUACACACUGGAGAAAAACAUUUUUCCUGCUCAGAAUGUGGUAAAAGUUUUUUAAGAUAUCAAAGUUUAAAAGCACACAUGAGAACACACACUGGAGAAAAACCUUUUUCAUGUUCAAUCUGCAGUAAAGAUUUUACUCGAAGGGACCAUUUAAAAAAACACAUGAGAACACACACUGGAGAAAGACCUUUUUCAUGUUCAAUCUGCGGUAAAGAUUUUACUCAAAGGUACUAUUUCAAAACACACUUGAGAACACACACUGGAGAACAACCUUUUUCAUGUUCAAUCUGCAGUAAAGAUUUUACUCGAAGGGACCAUUUCAAAAAACACAUGAGAACACACACUGGAGAAAGACCUUUUUCAUGUUCAAUCUGCGGUAAAGAUUUCACUCAAAAGCACCAUUUCAAAGCACACAUGGGAAUACACACUGGAGAAAAACCUUUUUCAUGUUCAAUCUGCAGUAAAGAUUUUACUCGAAUGGACCAUUUCAAAAUACACCUGAGAACACACACUGGAGAAAGACCUUUUUCAUGUUCAAUCUGCGGUAAAGAUUUUACUCAAAGGUACUAUUUCAAAACACACUUGAGAACACACACUGGAGAACAACCUUUUUCAUGUUCAAUCUGCAGUAAAGAUUUUACUCGAAGGGACCAUUUCAAAAAGCACAUGAGAACACACACUGGAGAAAGACCUUUUUCAUGUUCAAUCUGCGGUAAAGAUUUUACUCAAAAGCACCAUUUCAAAGCACACAUGGGAAUACACACUGGAGAAAGACCUUUUUUAUGUUCAAUCUGCGGUAAAGAUUUUACUCAAAAGCACCAUUUCAAAGCACACAUGAGAAUACACACUGGAGAACAACCUUUUUUAUGUUCAAUCUGCGGUAAAUAAUUAACUCAAAAGCACCAUUUCAAAGCACACAUGAGAACACACACUGGAGAACAACCUUUUUCAUGUUCAGUAUGUUGUAAAAGUUUUAUACAUAGACAGCAAUUGAAAAGACACAUGAGAACACACACUGGUGAGAAAGUGUUGAGUUGCAGUGUGUGUAGUGAAAUAUUCUCUUCUAAGUACCAGUGUAAGAAACACAAGUGUGCUGGUGAGAACAGCAGCAGCAAAUGAAGAUGCAGGAUUUGAAAUAAACUGUCAAAACUUUAACUCUAACUUCUAACAAAAUCAGCACAUAGAUUCUAACAUUUAUAGAUUAGAUAUUUUAGAUUAUUGCUUUUUUCAGUCAAGUACAUAUUUUAAUAUACAACAUUGUGUACUUUUAUUUUAACAUUAACACAACACUUUGACUGUUAAGGUGAGAAUAAACAGGACAAAACAUGAUACAAAUACUUAUUAUGUGUAUAGAGAUAUUCAGAAAUAAUUUUGAAUUAUUAAUGAUGUUUUCGAUGAACUCAUUUAUAUGAUGUACAUAUUUGUUUUACAUGUGUUCAUAGAUUUGCUUUUGAGUACACAUAAAUCCCUCUUAUUUAAUAUUUACUGGUUCACAUCUGAAACAUCUUCUGGACCACUUCUGGAAGCAUAUUAUUAUUUACUUUAUACAUCAUUUGAACAGUUGUAAUUUAUACAAGAUCAUUUACUUUUAAAAUUUGUGACUUUAUGAAUCAUUUGUUGGGUCUCAAUAAUCCAUUAUUUUAAUUGUCUUUAUUACUCUCUUGUGUAAUAUGAAUAUUGUUUUAUAUGUAUGUCCCCUUUAUGCAAUAUGUAGAUUAGAGAAAAUGGCAACAUUAUAUGUGGAAGGUUAUGAAGGAUAGUUUUAUUUUUAAUAAUCUACAUUUCUUAUUAAAAAACUACACAUGACAAUUGUUUUUUAAAGUUGUUCAUGAUUUGUCCCUCAAACAAUAACAAUUUCAGAAAACAUAGGAAAGUUUGGAAUGUUAGGGAAAAGUCAAUAAUGUACAUCAUCCCACAGAGCUUUACUGUACAUCCAUCCAUUUUUUCUAUCACUUGUCCCUUUGAUUUUAUAUCUAUAGCCUUUAAUCACAAACUUGUCAGCCAAAGGGUGUUGCGUUUUGGAGAAACUCCUUCUGUCAGAGUGCUGUUCAACACAGUAGAGAGGAACCCAAAGAUGCGCAGGACGCUGAG